UCAAACAGUCUCUGACGUCACUAUCUAUUAUCUAGCAAUUUUCAAGAGUACCUGCGUACCUGGGAUAUUUCGCUUAUGGUUUAGUACUUACUUAAACUAGACCCAGUGUGACUGCUGGUUGUGCUUUUUCUCCGUGUUCCACGUGUUAUUUAUUUUUGUAAAGCUGGCUAUUCCUCACGGAUUUUCAUUUAAUCUUUUUGAAUGGUCGUCAAGGACUCAUUCACAUCGAAAAUUGAGCGCUUUUCUGAGAAGUGAAAUUACAAGAGACGUUUUGGACGGAAUUCAACCUAUUCAUACUUCAGAUCCAUAAAAACAUAAAUCGGGCGCAAUGGUGGUGUAUCCGUAUUCUGAAGACAAUUUAGAUCCAAAAAUAACAAUAAGUGUUUUGUCGGACAAAAUCCCUGAUAUGCCUGAUAACCAGUUGACUGUUUCGACAAUUUUGAGUAUAUCAUCAGACAAAGAAUUGGAAGCAGAAAAUGUUAAAGUUGAAUCUCUAUAUAACGGCAAAUCUUUGGAAUCGAUCAAAUCCAUUGCAAUCAGUGAGUCGGAAGCCGAAGUCUCAGCCGAAAGCAUCGAGAAAGAGCAUUGGUAUUCCAUAACUUUACAAGUUUUCAUCCCCUUCAUGAUCGCAGGAAUUGGCACAAUUGGCGCUGGGAUUGUUUUAGGCAACGUUGAGGAAUACGAUGUUUUCCAAGAUGUCAAAGCGCUGUAUAUUCUCGUCCCUUCGAUAAUCGGGCUUAAGGGCAACCUCGACAUGUGCCUUGCCUCGCGACUGUCCACGCAAGCCCAUAUGGGCACAAUGAAGUCCAAACGCGAACUGUUCAAAAUGAUCGUGGGUAAUGUCGGGUUGGUGCAAGUCCAGGCUAUCGUCGCCUCAUGCCUUGUUGCUAUUUUUGCAGUCGCUGCCUCAGCUCUAGUCAACGGUGGCUUUGAUUGGGAACAUGCGUUGUUGUUAUCAGCUUCGGGGAUCUUGACAGCGACAAUGUCAUGUUUCAUUUUAGAUUUCGUACUAAUUGCUGUGAUAAUUAUUACACAUAAGAUGAAGCUCAAUCCGGACAAUGUUGCCACGCCUUUCGCUGCUAGCAUCGGAGAUGUUGUCUCACUUCUAGUCCUUUCCUCCUGGGCCAGCCUUCUAUACUCAAUCCAUGAAACACACACAUGGGUCCUCGUUACUAUUUUGGUAGUUUACAUCGUCCUCAUCCUUCCAGUAUGGGUUUUAAUUGUACGAAAAAAUAAAUACACGAAAAAAGUUCUAACGCACGGAUGGACUCCAGUUCUCUGCGCUCUCAUUAUCAGCGGGAUGGGCGGACUGGUUCUGGAUUCAGCGGUGGAUCAAUUUACUGGUUUCGUGGUUUUCCAGCCAAUAAUCAAUGGGAUCGGUGGUAAUCUGGUUUCGGUACAAGCGAGUCGCAUUUCGACGAUGCUGCACAAGACCUCCCUAAUGGGGGUCAUUCCCCCGCACACCCAGCAAUGGGUUUGGCCGUGGAAGGCCCUCAUCCGGGGAGUUCUUCCAGCGAAAUCGGCCAGGAUUUUGGUCCUCAUGAUGAUUCCAGGACAAGCAGUUUUUCUCUUCGUUGCUGAUCUUAUUUACAACGAGGGGGUGUCUUGUGUGGAACCCGCCUUCGCCUUGACUUACAUUGGAGUUAGUCUGAUACAAAUCAUGCUUUUGUUGUACAUUGCUCAUAUCAUAAUCCACACAAUGUGGAGGUUCAAGAUGGACCCCGAUAACUCCGCAAUUCCGUAUUUAACAGCCUUGGGUGACCUCCUGGGGUCCAGUCUCCUGCUUCUAGCUUUCAUGUUCUUGAGGAAGAUUCACCAAGAAUACAACCCGAUUAUCCUAGCUAAUGAAUAAAUACUUAACUUUAAUGUGAUUGAUCAGUUCAAUUAUUUUACAAUUUGAUGAUGUACAAACCUAUAGUAUUACAUUAUUUUUAAAUUUACGAUCAAUGUAAAUUUAAAUUUCGUGAUUGUAUUGCCAGUAAUUUUACGUGUUAACACUAAGAACUAUUUUAAUAAACAUAAACAUGAACAAUU